AUGUACUUAUCCUACACUCGGCGAUGCCUUGACCCUCUCCGUAAUGCCCGCACUGUUGCACUGUGCGGAAAACUUCUUACCUCAAACGGUGCUCGCCGUCAUAUCUCCGUGAAAGCGAAGGCCAGAACUGCUGAUGAUGCAAAGCCUCAGCAGAGAAGCAUGGAGGACGCGUUGCGCGACUACGAUGCGCUCAGAAUGCUCGCCAAUAAGCUUCCCAUGGAUCCCUGGGCGCAAGCCGUAGAAACGCUGAAUCUGCACAUACCGAACUGGAAAUCUUCAAAGCAGGAUGCCACCUUUAGUGAUCAUUUCUCUGCACUCAAGCAAACACUCAAUAAUUGGUUCAUGAACGCUGUACACAUGCGCCACAUGGCGAAGGAGAAUGCCUUUCCCGAUAUUCGUGCAUCGUCACCAUACUCCCUUAAGAUUCUUUCCGCUCAGUCUACAAAAGACGAUGCUUGGGUGGCGCCUAUGCGCCGAAUUGCACUGGACACAUACAAACGCGUGCACCAAGCUGUGGCAGAUCGCGACGAAAGGACAAUCAAGCAGCUCUGCAUCGCGGACAUGCAGUCACACUACUUGAAGCUUGCGCGCCAACAGGAUUCUUCCCGCGUAUAUACCUGGAAGUUUCAUGGAGAGCGCUCGCCUUGUCGAAUAGUAAGCUUGCGCACUGUUCCCGCUCACAUGGGACGAGUGGUGCCAAACGGUGGCAGCCGGCUGCUUGUCCAAGCAUUGGUCCGAUUCGACACACUGCAGAGCUUGAAUAUAUUCUCAAAAAAAGGAACACUGUUGCAUGGACAGGCUGAGCCCAAAGUUGUCAUGGAAUACUUGGUGUUCCAGAAACGCAUGUGGUAUGAUACGCCAUGGGUCAUCCGGGAGCGACUUUAUGAGAAUUUAGAAGCGAAGUUUGAAAAAGUGAUGACUGGGGAUGGGUACCUUCUGCCGCCGUUGUUCUCAAGUGGACAUGUUGUCUGGAUUGUAUCGUCCUGUGUCAGCACGACCGAGCCGUCUAGUUGUCCCAUCUCGCUCUGCAGUAGCUUCCCCCGCCGCCUCACGGUGCCACACCCGCUCUCCCCAUGGUUCGCGGGCCUUGGCAACAUCUCCGCAAACAUGGGCUCAGUCGAGUUCACGCAUCUCGACCAUUUUCACAGCGUUGAUUGUCCUCGGCGUAGGCUCGACUGCCUACGAUAUGAAUUUUAUUCCGCAUUCACGAUGUGGCCGAAGGAGGUGCGUGCAGAUCUACGCGCUGGUAUCAAGGCGAAGAAUCAAGGAGAUUUUGAUCUGAGUGAACGCUAUUUGCGUCGUGCUUACAAUACUGCUCUUGCUUUGCCGGUAUCCUCUUUCAACUCCUUACCAUAUCUCAAGCUGUCAGGCAUAGGCAUAGCAUUAGCAUCAGUGCUCGAAGCUGCCGAUCGUCCAGAGCCGGCGUAUGAGGUCUACUCGAGCGCGCUUUCUCAUCUGCGAUCUGUUCAAGCAGCCUCACCAGGAACACUUUCUGGCGAAGAGCGCUUGCGCGCAGUAGCACUUGCAUCAAAGCUCGGGGAGAUGGCAGAAGUGUACCAGUUACCUGUUGCCGAAGAAGAGCGAUGGCUCACAUAUGCCGUUGAAGAGCUCCUUCGACUUGUCAGAGACGAGGGUAAUAAGAGGCGUUUAGUUGCUGGUGAUCACGAAGAAGACGGGAAAAAUGCCCCAGUGAUGCUGGCAGAGUUGGACAUACCACUAUGGGCUAGCAAGACUGACGUGGGUGCGCCGCUUGAAGCACUUGGGAGAUUCUAUUCUCGUGAAGGGAAUGUUGAAUAUGCAAUACCUCUAUAUCUUCAGGCAAUUAGUCUACUCGUACCUCCGUCCUCUUCGAAGAAGACGUCGACAGUUGGUGAGCGCUGUCGAGGGGCCCAGCUCAUGAACAAUUUGUCCGAACUCAGCAUUCGAGGUGAGGCAACCGCCGCCAAGCUCAAGCAGGCUGAGUCUUGGGCAAGGCAAGGUCUUUCUACUGUCCAGCAAAUCCAAGCUUCUGGUGAAGGACAGCCCGAAGAGAUGUUGCUGUGCGACGAGGCGCUUGCCGCUAUUUGGUUCAACCUCGGCUCGCUGUUAGAGAUGGGUGGUGAUGUUGAACAAUCAAAAGACUUAUACGAAAGGAGCUUAGAUCAGGCGAAGAGGAUCAAGAUGCGCGAGGGAAUUUUGGAAGCGCAAGCCGCUAUAAGGCGAAUAGAUCGCUCUGCUAAUAGCAGCGUACCCAAAAAAUCAUGA